GUCAUCUCUCUCGAACCCUCCACCCUUUUCGUCGCCAUGAAGUCGUGUUUGCUAGAGGCUCCACCCAUACGAUCGUCCGUGGCCACGGCCGAGUUCUUGGCGGCGGACGUGCUGUGGAGCUUGGGAUGGGGCGUGGCCGGGCUGCUGUUUCUGGCGUGGGCCUUGCGGGUGCUCAACUGGGCGUGGUGGAGGCCGAGGCAGCUGGAGCGCGCGCUCCGGGCGCAGGGGCUCAACGGCACCCCAUACCGCUUCCCCUACGGUGACGUCAAGGAGAUCGCGCGGUUCAGAAAGGAGGCCCGCGCCAAGCCCAUGCCCCUCGCCCACAACAUCAUCCCUCGCCUUCUCCCUUUUUUUCAUCGCGCCAUGGACGAGUACGGUAAGAUAUCAUUCACAUGGUUCGGGCCUGUGCCGCAGGUGACCAUCACGGAUCCGGAGCUGGUGAGGGAGGUUCUAUCCAAUAAGUUCGGCCACUUUGGGAAGCCGAACCAGAAUCCCCUCAGCCGGUUCUUCGCCAGAGGGCUCUUUGUGUACGAAGGCGAAAAGUGGGUCAAACAUAGGAGGAUUCUGAAUCCUGCUUUCCAUUCGGAGAAGCUAAAUGUGAUUGAUUCACUGUUCUGCGCAACACCCAAACGGAACAUCUUGGAAGUGCAUCCAUCCGUCCUGUUUCCAGUUUGAUUCAUACCAAAAUGUUUAUCCUCAUCAAUUUUGCAGCGAAUGUUGCCGGCAUUCUCUGCUUGCUGUAGUGAUCUGAUGGAUAGAUGGGAGAAUAUGGCGGGCUCUGAGGCAUGUUAUGAGUUAGAUGUUUGGCCUGAGCUCCAAAGCUUCACUGGAGAUGUCAUUUCACGAACUGCUUUCGGUAGCAGCUACGAAGAAGGAAGGCAAAUUUUACAACUUCAAGCUGAGCAGGCUGAGCUCCUUAUUCAGGUUGUCCAAAAUCUUUAUGUCCCAGGGUACAGGUGAGUCCUUCUCCUACUCAAUUCCUUGUUGUUGAACGAAGCUUUAAAGGAAGAAACAUCAGAAUUUAGUUAUGUUGAAAGGAUCAUUGAUUUGAUGAUCCGAGACAGUAGGUGGUCCAUUGAUGCCUUGCUUGCACAUUUCAAAGCUUCAUCUCAAAGACUUCGAAGCUGCUACACAUUUCUAAUCACAGUAUUGUAUUGAGCUCAUAAAUUAUGCGAGUUUUCGAAUGAUUCGUAGGAUACGGCUACUAAUAAUUGCUGUCAAACAGGUUUCUCCCCACCCCAAAGAACAAGAGAAUAAAAGCAAUUGAUAGAGAGAUCCGAUCGAUUCUGAGAGGCAUAAUAAAAAAGAGAGAACAGGAUAUAAAGACUGGAAUGGCAAGCACCGAUGACCUGUUGGGCCUGUUGAUGGAGUCUAACAUGAAGCACUUACAAGAAGAUGGGAACAAGAAUGCCGGGAUGACAACCGAAGAUGUGAUUGAAGAAUGCAAGCUCUUCUACUUUGCAGGGCGAUGAUGGCAUAUCUAUAAAAUUUAGUUUCCUAUUGAUUAUAAUAAAUUUCAGCCUUUUUUGACUGGGAAUCCUGUCUCGAUCUCUUUUGUAUACUGGUCUGUGUAGGUCACACCAAAUGCUCAUUUUCAGAAGGACCUUGGUCUUGACAGUUUGGACACUGUAGAGAUUGUGAUGGCUCUGGAGGAGGAAUUUGGGUUUGAGAUUCCUGAUGACGAAGCAGACAAGAUUGACUCAAUAAAUGUUGCUGUAGACUUCAUUGCCUCGCACCCUCAAGCAAAAUGAUAUGCCAGCCCAUGGCAAUGUGUAUUGAUCUCUUUGCUUUUUUGUAUGACCUGCAUCAGGAAGUUUUUUGUCUUGAUGACUCCAUUUACUUUGGAAAUUUAAGUUCCAUCACAUAGCUACAAGCUUUAUAUAUGUCGAUGGUUGUGUCAUAAUUUUGUUAAUUCCCCCUUUAACCUA